AAUUAUGUUGCUUUCAUGCCGAAUAUAGAGGCGUUUUAUUAAAAACAGAAUUAAAACAGAGUUAUUUUUAAUGCGGAAGGUCAAUGAAUGACUGCGGCAGUCAUUUUAACUCGCUUUGAUACUUUCGUCUUUUGGAGUCGUUGGGAUUUGUUCUUGUAUUUGUGUCAGUUCAGUUUAUUUCUGCUCAUCACUCCAGCAUGACUUCAGCUUCCACAAAGGUGGGCGAGAUCUUCUCGGCUGCAGGCGCUGCUUUCUCCAAACUGGGUGAGCUGACCAUGCAGCUGCAUCCAGUGGCGGACUCUUCACCUGCGGGAGCCAAAUGGACAGACACAGAGAUUGAGAUGCUGCGGUCUGCUGUUCGCCGUUUUGGGGAAGAUCUAAACAGCAUUAGCUCAGUCAUAAAGGAGCGAACAGUAGCCCAGAUUAAGACCACAGUGAAAAGGAAGCUGUACGAGGACAGCAGGGUUCCUCUUACUGCAGAGUCACCUAAGAAAACCAUGAAGAAAACCACAGUGUCUCUUCCAGCGCCUCCUGCAUCAGUGGCCCCCACCGUCAUCACUGUGCCCACUUCACAAGUCGUCGUGUCAACCGGACUGCAGAGCUCCUCGUCUUUACAACCAGCAAUAAAGAACCCUAAACCAUCAGAUGUGACUCUGAGUGCUCUGAAUGACUCGGAUGUGAACAGUGAUUUGGUGGAUAUUGAGGGGCUUGGAGAGGGGUCCAACAAAAAACCAAACUUUGACCAAGAGAGCUUGAAUUUGGACUCCAGUCUUAUAAUGAACUCCAGUGAUCUGCCUCUGCUGUCCCGCUGACCUUCAAUGAUCUUUCAGUCAAAGUGAGAUUCAGGGCAAAGGGGGGCAAACAUGAUCAAUGACUGCACAGUUUGAUCAUCGCUCUUCACCUGUUACACCCGGUCCAAACCGCAUCAGACCAAGCCUGAACUGCAUCACUAGCUUCUCUUCCCGUCUCAAACUCAAUGAAGUAUUUAAUGCAUCCUUACUUCCCAUUAUGCAGCAGAAAUCAUUAUUAUUAUUAUGGUUUUGUGUCUAUUAUUAUUCAUGUUGUUUGAUUGAUUUUACCCACAGUUUUACAGGACAGUGAUGCAGGGGUCAAAGGACUAAAAAUAGUGUUUUUUGUUUUUUAAAUAAUGUUUUUUUUUUGUAUUUUAAUAGGCCCCUUUGGCUAAAGUAAAGCUUUGUGAAGUGAAAUGAGACGCUGAUUGUGAUGAAAUAGUGGCAGCAUGAUAUCUGAAAUAGUUGAAGAAUCUUCUUUACUAUUUUCUGUCACUGCCAUUGUAUGUUAGGUAUGGAAGCCUGUUUUUGUCACACAAAUAGAAAUUGUAACUGCGACUUUUAAUCAGCAAAUUAUGUUAUAUUGUCAUAAAAUUGACUUUAGUUCACUCUGUUUUGAUUUCAUGGAAACUUUCUUGACCUUUUCCUCAAAAUUGCUAUUUUAUUUCCAGCUUUAAUUCUUAUUUUCUUUAUAGGAUUUCUCAAAAUGCUAUUUUAUUUCUAGCAAUUCUGUCUUUUUUUCCUUAAAUAACUUCAUUUCUUGUCAUUCCGAGUUUACGUGUAGCUAUUUAAAGUUUAGUUUAUUUUUCAUAAUUAUGACUUUAUUUUUACAGAAUAACAAUAUAUAAACUCAAACAUUUCAUGCAAUUCUGAAGAAAGUAAAAUGACUAAUGAUAAAGUUUAUACAAAUUCAACAUUUGAAUAAAAACUGUUUAUUUGCAAUUGAGCAGUUACGUCUGUCUGGAUGUCUCAAAACCGAAAACAAGAAGUCGCAAAUACCUUUUACUUUCAUUUUGUGGUAGAAACAGGUUUCCAUAAUUAGGUGCAGCUCCUAUUGUAUGUGUAAAUAUUUUAUUUUUAACAGUACAUAUAAUUAAACAAGUCAUUUGGACUGUAAACACCAGA